AUGAGCUCCUCGCAAGAUCCUCGAGAGACUCCGAGCGAGGAAGACGAUCCGCGAACCAUUAUCUACGAUCCCACCGACCCAUUCUGGCAAGAUACCGAGGACGAUAAUGACGACAUGGAUUACUUUCCUGCCGAGGGAGGUAGCGGGGACGAGAGCGAAAGCAAGACUGAUAUUGCUUUGACAGAUGCGGCAGAGAACCUCGGUGGAUUUGAGAUAGAGGUGGAGAUCACCGAAGAGGAAGGCGGAGAAGCUGAAGAAGAGGACGAGGAAGAUGAUGAAGAAAACGAAGAAGAAGGGGAGGGCGCAACUGGCGCACGUACUGGACGACCGAUAUACAUAUCCCGCGAUCAGAUACUCCAGCUGCUCGGGCGAUCGGGACUUCGACAAUUGUUCGCCACUGGCGGUUUUGCUACAACUGGAGUACAAUUACGCCGCCGACCGCUUGUAGACGAUGACGAUGAGGAAGACGACGACGAUGAUAGUGAAUAUACCGAUAGCGGCGAACGAGCGACCGGAUAUGAUCCUGUCGGACCACGGAGAAAAAGGAGGAAUACAGGCAGAGCCGCCUUCGAGAAGGUUCCAAGCGACCAAGGGAAAGAGCUCAUGGAUACUGGCACAUUUGGCGCAAAUCCUCGAUCUGAAGAUAGCAUAAAGCGGAAGAAGAAGCUAGCCUAUAACGUGAUGCAGAGGGAACUAGGUCUGGGCGGCGACGGGAGACAGAAGAACGCCAGUAGACUUAUGAGACAAGACAUGAUCCCGGAGGGAGUAGCUGAUACCAUCAUCCACUACAAUGCGCGAUGCUACUCUGGGCAGUUUUCGGACGAUGGCAACUUCUUCUUUUCUUGCGCCCAGGAUUUCCGAGUGCGAAUGUACGAUACUUCGAAUCCUUACGACUGGAAAUACUACAAAACGGUGGUGUACCCCUACGGCCAAUGGACCAUUACCGAUGCGUCCCUAAGUCCCGACAAUCGCUUUUUGGCUUAUAGCUCCAUUCGAAGUAUAGUAUGUCUUGCACCUACUGACCCCAACAACGAGUCUGAACCGCAUUUGCUUGAUUUCGCCAACACCGGGACAACCACUCCCCAUGGCUUUCACACGUACUUUGGGAUCUGGUCGAUUAGAUUUUCUGGCGAUGGUCGUGAGAUCGUCGCUGGGACCGGCGACAACUCAGUCUACGUGUACGAUAUAGAGAGGCGCCAGUCUAUCCUGAGAAUACCUGGACAUGAGGACGACGUGAAUGCGGUGUGCUUCGGUGACUCACAGUCGCCACAUAUAUUGUACUCUGGAUCCGAUGAUACCACGAUCAAGGUCUGGGACAGACGAAGUAUGGGCGACGGAAGGGAAGCCGGUGUUUUCCUUGGUCAUACCGAGGGUCUGACCUAUGUAGACAGCAAGGGCGACGGGCGCUAUGUGCUCAGCAACGGCAAAGAUCAAACGGCAAAACUUUGGGAUUUGAGGAAGAUGAUGAGUAAGGAGAAGGCCGACCGCGUCGACAUCAAUGCGUACACGACGCGAUUCGAAUAUCGGAGUAAUGGCUACGACGACAGUGAUUAUAAGCCCCAUCCCCACGACUGUUCGCUGGUGACCUUCCGAGGUCACAAAGUACUAAAAACUCUUAUCCGAUGCCACUUUUCGCCUCCCGGUAGUACAGACUCGCGAUAUGUAUAUUCUGGAAGCUACGAUGGUUCGGUCUACGUCUGGAAUAUGGAUGCAACGAUAGCCGGCAAGAUCGAUGUACUCAAGGCAACGAAAAACUCAAGACCGCGGGAUCCUGACAGCAUGUUCGACACGUACGAUUUCCAUAGGCGGAACGGAGGGAGGUGGAGCACGUGCGUGCGUGAUGCAAGCUGGCAUCCAAACGCUCCUGUGGUGGCAGCGACUUCUUGGAACGGAUGGGGAAAUACUUCUGGUACUUGCACAGUUCAUACGUGGAAUGAUGGGGUGGACGACGAUGAGGCCGAGCCUCAGCUAGGCAGACGGGUGAAUGCACAGCUACAACACGACGAGCGAUUAUACAGGAGCAUUGCGACGGGCGGACGAAGGCAUUGGUACGACGACUAG